AUGUCAAAAUUUUGUUUGAUUCUCAUUUGUUGCACCGCGUUUUUCGUUGAAGCUGAUGCGGUUUUGAUGUUUGGCAGAAGUGAGUUGGGCUUUUUUCGGGCUUGAAAUUGAGAAAAAUGAGGUAGAUCACGAUUAUUGAGGUGAAAAAUCAAAUUUGUCGGGAAAUUUGGUGUUUACUAAUGGUGUUUGCAGACAAAACAUCAAUGUUGACCAAAAUUUCGAUUUUCGGGAUCGAAGUCUAGUCCACGAGGUAUUUUGUAGCGUAGAUCUCGAAUUUUAAAGUUUCAAGUCUUGAAAAUCAGGUCUAGAGGCUGAAAAUCAAGUUUGGGUCAAUUAAAGACUCUAAAAAUCAUGAUCUACAUUUAGUCGCUCAAAAAUCUCGAUCUUUCGACCCAGAACAGAAAAAAAUUACGCUGGUCUAAAAUUCCACGUAGAUUUCGAAUUUCGAUCUCCCAAAGCUCAAAAAUAUGUCCAAAAUGAAGAUCCUCCUAAUUCCAGUCAAUGAGACAAGUCCAUGCCUAAUUGCAAUGUGUUACGAGGAUUCGGAUUGUGUGCCAGUUGGAUGUGACGUGGAUGUGUACGGUAGAAUCGGGUGCGGAUAUUUUCGAUUGAACAAGUAUCAGUAUCAGGUAGGCAUGUUUUUUCGGCAUUGCUCAUAUUAUAUUCAUAAGGAGUAGGAUAUUCAACUGAAAUUCCACAUAAAAUGAGCAAUAUAUUUUUCCUAACAGGGUCCUUUAAGAAUUAACAUUGCUCAUGUUAUAUUUAUUUUUCAGCAAUGUUAUAUGCCUGAUCGUGGCGAAUUGAGUGAAGAGGAUGGUUGGAUGAGAUGUGCGCAUAGCUAUGAAUGUUCGGCCACAUGUAUUAAGGUUGGUAAAACUAUUGUCAGUAUAGAGUUUGCUGGCGCAAAUUUGGUAAUCAUUAAAAAUUCCCUGAAUUCCAGACAGUAGCCGCUCGUUUCCGCGUCAAAUGUUACGCGAAAUCAGUGUGCGAAACAAUCGCGCGACUUCACGACGGCGGCGCGAAUGGAUGUCGCGAUCGUCGCACAAUCGAAUAUUGGAAGAAGGUGGAGUCGCGAUGCGGCGAUCAGUGCAAUUCGGAUCCGAUUUUUAAGCGGCACUGA